ACAGAGUCAUGAUUCCUCUCCAACAAACCCCUACUACUCCACUCUAGUAGGAUUCUGAAUUCCUCUUCAACCUUUGCUGCUGCAACUUCCACACCCUGUUCCACCAACAUGGCGACGCCGUCACACGCUCGAGCCGUCAAGGCUCUCAACAAUGCCCCUGGCCACGGUCGUUUCGUCUAUAAGUCAUUCUCUCAAAGAAUAGAUGAAAUCGAAAUCGAUGUGUAUAGAAGUCUUGAACAGAUCAAAGCUGAGCCGAAGGAAGGUUCUUUUUUCAGAGACUGCCUAAUGCAAUGGAGGGAAUUGAAUACUACGGAGGAUUUUAUCUCAUUGUAUGAAGAAGUUUUGACUUGUACACAAACACAUUACCUGGUGCUGUUGCAGAAGGAAUUAUUAAUCGCAAAGCUACUUUCUAGGUUGCACAUGAAAGCAAGGCUAUCCCUUGAACCACUUCUUAGGUUAAUUGCAGCUUUAUCUAGAGAUCUUCUAGAGGAGUUUAUUCCGCUAUUUCCGAGAAUUGUUGAUUCUUUAGCAUCUCUUCUAGAAAGUGGUGCUGAUAGGGAGCCAGAUAUAAUUGAGCAGAUCUUCACGUCAUGGUCAUAUAUUAUGAUGUAUCUAAAGAAAUAUCUAGAACAAAACCCAUCAGAAGUCCUUAAGGCCACAUCAAAAUUGAGGUAUUAUCCGAAGGAAUAUGUUCGAGAAUUCAUGGCAGAGGCAAUGUCAUUUGUUUUGAGACAGGCCCCAUAUGAGCAGCUCAAAAUAGGAAUUAGAUGUGUCAUCGCCGAGGCAGUGAAGGAGCCGUCUCCAUGCCGAGAGUCUGGUGUUGGAUUAUUGCUUUAUAAUAUCAUGAAAGGUUACUCAUCAAGGCUCCAUUCGAAAGCAGAGCGAGUGUUACAGUUAUCGACAAGUGAAACAAUUUAUACCAUUGCUGAUGGAGCCGACCAAGAGUCAAAAACCAUUUUGGACAUCAUAAAAACCGUGUUUAAGAAAUUAUGCGAGACAAUGGAGCCUGAAGAGUUGAAUUUGGUAUGGAGUUGCUUAUAUAAGGAAGUGCAUGAGUGUGUUAGUACUGGAAACAUCAGGCAUUUAAGAUGCAUUUUAUCUGUGCUUGUCUCAGCCAUAGAGGUGGAAAAAGGGCAAAAGGUGUCUGAUUAUAAGCCUAUGCUUGAACUCGUCCUCUUACUUGUGCGCUCAUAUAUCACACCUUUGGGUGUUACCAAGUCACAAGAAGAUACAUGCUUUGUUGGUGAAGUAUUGAACUUAAUGUUGGCUACUCUCGACGGACUCUGUAGUUACAGCAAAUCAAUGAUACCUGAUUGUGCUUCCCAGUGGGCUCCAAUUUUCAAAUCACAAAGCUCAAGUUUGCUACAUUUCAUUAAAAAACUGCUACAGAAGGAUUUCUGUUUACUUGCUUUCAAAAGUAAUGUUAUAAGUGCAAUAAAUGAGUUAAUGGAGAUUUCAGAGGAGGAGGUCAUACAUCUAUUAAAAUCCUUCUGUGAGAAAAUGCAUUUGGAUAUGCGAGACUCAGACUUUGUAGACGGAGAAAGUGCAGACGCAUUAGUUAGGAUAUGCAAUCAUUUGCAAGGGACUAUCCAUUCUUGGAUUGAAAUGAUAAAUGAUAUUGCACAUUCUGACAUUUCUUGUGAAUUUGAUGAAAGAAAGAUGGCACUGCUGUGGGGAGUUGUGAACUGCUAUUCUCAUAUGUCUAUUGUUGACGCCGUUCCAUCUUUGUUGGUGCAUCUUAUGGAUGUGGUAGAUCAGCUUCUGACCGUUAAAGCUGACCACAUUGUAGAUACGUCUAAAAAAGCAUGGGAAAGCAUUAUAGGUGCUUUACUAAGUUCUUACAACAGAUUAUGCAACGGCAGUAACCUCGGAGCUGAUGAAACCAAAAAGAUCUUAUUUUUUGCCAAACGAUACAAGUCAUCUUCACACGUCUUGUCGGCUGUUGCUGGUUAUUUGGAAAGCAAGUAUGGUUCUUCUUUGGAAGACAUUGGGUGUAGAAUGUACCAUCCAGAACUUGAAGAAAUGACUGCAGAGGAAGUGGCAGCAUUUGGUGAUAAUUUGUGCCAUUCAGAGAAGGAGGUUCGAAUUUCAACUCUUAAAAUACUCUGUCACUACAAAUCUUUGGGUGAGGAAAAUUCUUCGAUGGAUCAGUCAGCUGCGAAGAAAAGGAAAAUCAAAGCUUCCUCAACUUCCAUUGUGGAUAACACAGGAAAUAAGUCAGCUGCAAAGAAAAGGGAAAUCGAAGCUUCCUCAACUUCCAUUGUGGAUAACACAGGAAAUAAGUCAGCUGCAAAGAAAAGGAAAAUCGAAGCUUCCUUAACUUCCAUUGUGGAUAACACAGGAAAUAAUCAGCCUCUGCUGGUUCUACUAUCUAUUGAAACAACUCCAGUUUCAAUUUCUACAAGCAAAACUAUCCAACGAUUGAUUUCCAAGAUACAGAUGGACCUAUCUGCUGGAAGGAUUACUAAUGUGUACGCACCUCUUGUUUUGAGUGGGUUAUUUGGCAUCUUGAAUAACCGAUUUAGCGAUAUCUGGAAUCCUGUAUUAGAAUGCCUUUCGGUCUUGGUUAGCCUACAUUUUUCACUUGUGUGGGAUACCCUUAUCGAUUAUCUGGAAAGAUGUCUAGCAAUAAGAGAGACCUCUAACAGUGCCGGUGGGGCAUCCGUUGAUCAACCAGCUGGUUUACUCGGCUGUUUCAAAAUAUUUGUCUAUCCUGAAUCUGAUAGCACACCAUCCGAAACAAUAUUGACAUUAUUGCUGCAAGCUUUACAAAAAAUUCCAACUGUUAUUGAACCUCGCUCUCGGCAAUUCAUUCCUCUUUUUUUGAAGUUCUUAGGAUACAACACUCUUGAUCUUGCAAGUGUGGGAUUGUUUGAUUCUCAUGCUUGUAAAGGAAAGGAGUGGACGCUGAUCUUGAAGGAGUGGCUAAACUUGUUGAAACUUAUGAAAAAUCCCAAGUCAUUUUACUUAAGCCAUUUUAUUAAGGAGGUUCUGCAGAAUAGGCUUAUUGAAGAAGACGAUCCUGAAAUACAGUUUAGAGUUCUGGAUUGCCUAUUAAACUGGAAAGAUGAUUACUUUUUACCAUACACUGAGCAUCUGAGAAACUUGAUUAGUUCCAAAAUUACAAGGGAGGAACUAACUACAUGGAGUUUAUCCAAAGAAUCUAAAAUGAUUCAAGAAUCUCACCGACCAUAUCUUGUGCCUUUGGUUAUCCGUCUUUUGAUGCCAAAAGUAAGAAAGUUGAAAGGACUUGCAUCUCGAAAGAAAGCAAGUAUUUGUCAUCGGAAAGCUAUUCUGAGUUUCAUAGCUGAACUUGAUAUCACUGAGCUGCCUCUUUUCUUUGCAUUACUGAUAAAACCUUUGCAAAUAGUAAAGAAAACCGAUGGGCCUGCUAACUUGUUUUGGACUUUACCUAUAGGCUGCACUAGUGAAUUUCAAGCGUCUUCUUUGUUAGAAUAUUUUACUUUAGACAAUGUUGCAACCUUAUCCUGGAAAAAGAAAUACGGCUUCUUGCAUGUCAUAGAAGAUGUUGUUGGAGUUUUUGAUGAAUUGCAUAUUAGACCCUUUCUUGAUUUACUGGUGGGGUGUGUUGUUCGAGUGUUGGAGAGUUGCACUUCAAGUCUUGGCAAUUUAAAACUAAAUGGACUUUCUUCAGACAAACACAAAUCUAGUCCCAGCUCAAACUCCUUUUGUGAGGAAAGUGUGGUGGAAAAUCAAACUUUGAUUGGCAAUUCUUCAAAUCAGCUCAAGGAUAUGAGAUCUCUGUGCCUGAAAAUUGUUUCCUAUGUUGUCAAUAAAUAUGAGGAUCAUGAAUUUGGUUCUGAUAUGUGGGACAGAUUCUUUUCCUCUGUAAAACCCCUGGUGGAUAAAUUCAAACAGGAGGCUGCCAGUAGUGAGAAACCAAGUUCACUGCUAUCUUGCUUUCUGGCCAUGAGUGCAAACCAUAAACUUGUAGCACUAUUAUGCCGGGAAGAAAGUCUCAUACCGGAUAUAUUUUCCAUUCUUUCUGUAAAUUCAGCUUCUGAAGCUAUUGUAUAUUGUGUUCUAAAGUUUGUAGAGAACUUGUUGAGCCUUGACAAUCAGUUGGAUUAUGAAGACAAUUCUGCCCAUAAAGUUUUACUUUCAAAUAUUGAAGUGCUUAUGGACAGCAUUUGUUGUUUAUUUGAAAGUGAUAAUGCAUCCAAGAGAAAACUGAUCAAAUCUCCUGGCGAGACAUUGAUAAGAAUUUUCAAAUUUUUACCCAAGUACAUCAAGGAGGCAGAGUUUGCCAAGCGGUUUGUGGACACACUGCUUCCAUUUUUGGAAAUGAAAAAACAAAGUUCUGAUGUUUGUAUUGAGGUCUUGCAAGUCAUUCAAAACAUCAUACCCAUAUUAGGAAAUGGAAGCACCACUAAAAUUUUGAGUGCUGUUUCUCCUUUAUAUAUUUCGUCUGAGUUGGAUAUGCGUUUGAGGAUAUGUGAACUUCUUGAUGUUCUUGUUGCAUCUGAUGCAUCUGUACUCUUGGUGGCCAAACUUCUUCGUCAGCUGAAUGCAACAUCUAGUUUGGGUUGGCUUGAUCAUGAUGUUAUUUUGGAUGCCUACAAAAAUAUCAAUACCGAUUUCUUUAGAAAUGUUGGAGUGGAACAUGCAUCACUUAUUUUAUCACACUGUGUGCUUGACAUGUCCUCAGAAGAAACAACUUUUGUUUAUAAUGCUCAGAGUUCAUUGCUAUCUUUUGUUGAAUUUUCUGCACUCAUCCUUUUGCAAGUGGUAAGCAGUGAACAGGAGUUGACUGUAAUGCAAAACACUCAUAGUUGUUGGACAAAAUCAUGCAUUCAGCGCAUUACAAAGAAAUUUCUCUUGAAGCAUGUGGCAGAUGCCAUGGAUGGACCACUUUCUGUUAGGAAGGGAUGGAUGAAGUUGUUAAGUCAAAUGGCUUUGAAGCUUCCAGAUGUGUCAAACCUUAAAUCACUCACAGUUCUGUGCAAUGAGGGUGGUGAAGCAAAUUUUUUUGACAAUAUAACCGAUUCAGUGAUCCGUAAGAGAGUGAAGGCAUUGUCGCUGUUUAGAAAUGUAAUAAGUACAAACAAAUUGUCAGAGUUUAUCACUGAAAAAGUGUUCAUGCGACUCUUCUUCAACAUGUUGUUUGAUGAGAAAGAAGGACAGGUUGACCAUAUGAAAACUGCAUGCAUCGAGACCAUUGCUUCUGUAGCUGGUCAGAUGGGAUGGAAGUCAUACUAUGCACUAUUGGACAAAUGUUUUCAGGGAGCAUCCAGAAGUCCAGACAAACAGAAACUCUUUAUACGCCUCAUUUGUUCUAUUUUGGAUAAAUUUCACUUUUCAGAACUUUCUCACACUGAAGAACCUAAGAAAGCUUUGGUUGGUGUUUCUGACAUGGGGAUAAGUGACAUUGUUUCUUCAGUUAAUAUAAGAAACUUUGGUGUGUCUGAUGUGAACACAGAUAUACAGACGUGCCUCUAUAAAGUUGUGCUUCCUAAAAUACAAAAGCUGAUGGAUUCUGAUUCAGAAAAGGUCAAUGUAAAUAUCAGUCUUGCUGCAUUGAAACUACUUAAGUUACUUCCAGGUGAUAUGAUGGACACAUAUCUUCCAACAAUCGUUCAUCGAAUUUCAAACUUCUUAAAGAGUCGUCUAGAAAGCAUUCGUGAUGAAGCUAGGUCUGCAUUGGCUACUUGUUUGAAAGAACUUGGAUUAGAAUACUUGCAAUUCAUUGUUAAGGUUUUGCGAUCUACCUUAAAGCGAGGAUAUGAACUUCAUGUCCUAGGAUACACACUGAAUUUUAUUUUGUCCAAGUGUCUUUCAAGUGCACUUAGUGGAAAGAUAGAUUACUGUUUGGGGGAUCUCCUUUCUAUCAUAGAGAAUGACAUUUUUGGAGCUGUUGCCGAACAGAAGGAGGUGGAAAAGAUAGCUUCAAAAAUGAAGGAAACAAAGAAGAAAAAGUCAUUUGAGAGCUUGAAAUUGGUGGCCCAAAACGUAACAUUCAAAAACAAUGCGCUAAAGCUGCUUGCACCAGUGACUGCUCAUUUGAAGAAACAUGUCUCGCAAAAUGUAAAAGGAAGAUUGGAAAAUAUGUUGCAUAGUAUAGCUGCUGGUAUUGAAAGCAAUCCAUCUGUAGAUCAGACUGAUCUAUUUGUCUUUAUUUAUGGCAUUGUUGAGGAUGGCUUAAAGAAUGAAAUUGGUUGGCAUGAGAAUAAGUUGACAAAAUUGGAAGAUAAGGAUAGGCGUACUAAUGCUAAAAAAAUAUUUUCAGGCCGUGUAGUUGCUAGUGGCUUAUUAUGCUCACAUCUGAUAACAGUGUUUGGUAUUAGAAUAUUACAUAAACGUAUGAAGGGUUUGAAACAGGGUGUAAAAGAUGAAAAUGCCUUAUCCUUAUUAGAUCCUUUUGUCAAGCUAUUAAGUGAUGGUUUGUCCUCGAAGUACGAGGACAUAUUGUCUGCUUCUCUUGGAUGCCUUACUGUACUGGUAAAAUUGCCUUUACCAUCUCUUCAAGUACAUGCUGAGAGAAUAAAGUCUGCUGUACUGGAUAUUGCCCAAAGUUCAGUGAACUCUAUCAGUCCUUUAAUGCAGUCAUGUUUGACAUUGCUGACUAUGCUUUUGAGAAACACUGAGAUUUCUCUCACCCCAGACCAAAUACAUAUACUAAUUCAGCUUCCAAUAUUUUUGGACCUUGAAAGAAAUCCUUCUUUGGCGGCCCUUUCACUUCUAAAGGGUAUUGUCAACCGCAAGCUGGUUGUACCUGAGAUAUAUGAUAUUGUUACUAGGGUUGCUGAAUUGAUGGUGACAAGUCAAAUGGAAUCUAUUCGCAAGAAAUGCAGUAAAAUUUUAUUGCAAUUUUUGCUUGAUUAUCGACUUUCACAAAAGCGCUUGCAACAACAUCUUGACUUCCUGCUCUCGAAUUUGAGGUAUGAACAUUCGACUGGGCGGGAAUCUGUUCUUGAAAUGCUUCAUGCUAUUAUAGUCAAAUUUCCAACAAAUGUUUUGGACGAGCAAUCACAGACAUUUUUUCUCCAUUUGGUGGCUUGCUUGGCAAAUGAUAAUGAUAAUAUUGUUCGUUCUAUGAGUGGGGCUGCUAUAAAGAAGCUCAUUGGUUCUGUUAGUACCAAAUCACUUGAAUCUAUUCUUAAAUAUGCUCUUUCUUGGUAUUUGGGUGACAAGCAGCAACUCUGGGGUGCUGCCGCACAGGUUUUGGAGUUGCUGAUUGAGGUAGCAAAGAAUGAAUUUGUUAGACAUAUAGACUGUAUGCCUUUCAAAAAAAAAGAAAGACCUAUAGACUGUAUCUUGCCGGUGACUUGUCGCAUCUUGCAGUCUGCUAUACACGCAGUCACAAACAGGCAAGAGAGCUUUGAGUCCGAAUCCAUCCUUCCACUUUGGAAGGAGGCAUACUAUUCUUUAGUUAUGCUAGAGAAGAUGAUUCAUCAAUUCCACGACUUAUGCUUUGCAAAGGAUUUAGAGGAUAUAUGGGUAGCAAUUUGUGAGAUGUUGUUGCACCCACACUCGUGGUUACGCAACAAAUCAGGUCGUCUCAUAGCUCUAUACUUUGCACGUGUAACAGAUGCCAACAGAGAAAAUCAUCAAAGCUCCUUAAGUAGUUAUUUUAUGAUGACUCCUAGUAGAUUAUACUUAAUAGCCACUUCUCUUUGCUGCCAAUUGAAAAUGCCACUCAUAGAUGAUGCUGACAGCGACCUGAUGACCCAGAAUAUUGUCUUUGCUAUCUGUGCUGUCUAUUCUUUAUUGGGGCAAACUGCCAGUAUAGAUCCAUCCGCAUUCUGGUCUACUCUUGAGCAGAAUGAGCAGAAUCGGUUUCUCAAAGCUUUUGACUUGAUUAAUGCAAGAAAAGGAAGAAGCAUGUUCAUGUCUUCAUCACUUACCUCCUCUGUAUGUGAAGACAGUAGUCAACUUAUUGUUAAGAACACCCAACAUAUACUUGUAUCGUUAUUACUCAAGAAAAUGGGCAAAAUUGCUCUUCAAACAGAUGCUAUUCAGAUGGAAAUAGUCUUCAACAGUUUUGGGAAACUUAUGGCACAGAUACAGAUUAGUAGCAUGGAUGACUGCCUGCACUAUGCACAUGUAGUCCUGUUACCUCUAUAUAAAGUCUCUGAAGGAUUUGCUGGAAAAGUGGUAGCUGAUGAUCUCAAAAAGUUGGCAGAAGACACAUGUGGGAAAAUAGAGAAUGUUAUGGGUACUCAAAACUUUGUGCAAGUUUAUAACCUUAUCAGGAAGAACCUUGGUUUAAAAAGAAAUAAGAGGAAACAAGAAGAAAAGCUCAUGGCUGUUAUCAAUCCGAUGCGAAAUGCCAAAAGGAAAUUGAAAAUCUCUGCCAAACAUCGUGCCAAUAAAAAGAGAAAGGUUACGACUUUGAAGAUGGGGAGAUGGAAUCGUUGAUUGUGGGAGGGGUGUUAGUACAAAGUCCCGGAGGUAUUGCUUUCGUUGUCAUUGGAGCCUUCAGUGCUUGUGUCAAGGUUUUAGUAAAAACAAGAAUCUUACCAUCUUAUAGAGAUUCAUAGGCAUUGCUUUCGUUGUCAUUGGCUUGUUUGAAGAAAAACAAGUGGGUUCGGAGUUUUUUGAAGAUCACGAGCAAAAUGGUUGAUACUAGUAUGUAUGUCUCAUGUCCUGAAGGUUUCUGUCUGAAGAUUUUUGGGUAUUUCCUAGUGUUACCGUUGUACAUUUUUAAGGAUUGGAAAAAAGAAAUACAAAAGGAUAGCACAAGGAGGAGAAUAUUCUUUAACAGGUUUUGAUGUUUCUUUUCUUAAACCCCUCAGUGUAUCCUUAAUUUUUGUAGUGAAUGAAAAUAGGCACUUAAUUUUUGUAGUGGAUGAAAAAUAGGCACUUAGUUUUGUACCAAUUGAAUGUAAAACAUAUGUUUAAUAAAUUUUACCUGCUAACUACAGAUAUGCAUUUUAAAA